AUGGAACAUGUAGUGCUGCUGCUGGUGUGUGUUACUCCUCUGGCUCGGGGCUACAGCUCUGGUAAAGUUAUGGACAGCUGUGAAGACAUGCGACCCCACCACUCUGGGCUGAGACCACAGACAGCACCAGCGCCCUUCACCGUCACAACAGACCACAUCAGCUACAGAAUUGGAGAGGAGGUGAAAGUUCAGAUCCAGGCUCCAGCCUCCACACCAUUCAUUGGUUUCCUGUUACAGGCUAGAGAGGUAGGAGGUCGGUCUCCUGUGGGCUCCUUUACUCCGACAGCAGGGGCCACUCAGCUCCUCACCUGCAGCCAGAGACCUAACUCUGCUGUGUCCCACAGAUCAGAUUCCGUUCAGACCUCCAUUCAGGUGACAUGGAGAUCAGAAGCAUCAGGAGACAUUAAAUCUAUUCAGUUCCAUGCAUCCUUGGUGCAGAACUACAGGACGUUCUGGGUUGAUGUUACAACUCCUGCCAUUAACUUCACUAAUGACAAUAGUGGUGGAUCUACACGGCUCCCCACACCAACAACCACAAUAUAUCAACCUGCACCACCUGUUGGAAGUAUCACCAGUGCAGAUUGUGGUGUCACCAAGCUGUGUUUCAGUCAGCCUUCAAACUGUAACCCGACAGCCAAUGCUGAAUGUUUUUUCAUGUCAGCCAUGAUGUUGUCUCCAACUGCUGCAGCCAUCCGCUAUGAGAUGACAGGUCCAUCUGAUGGAUAUGUCUCUUUUGGAUUCUCAGAUGAUCAGAUCAUGGGAAACGAUGACAUUUAUAUUUGUGGCAUUGGCAGUGACGGCAUUGUGCGGUUACAGCAUGCCUUUUCAACAGGACAAAUGGCUCCACAAGCUAUUCCUCUGGGUAAUGUUUCUGAUGUGAGAGCGUCAGUGCUUGAUGGGGUUAUCAGCUGUUCCUUCACCUCCAUAAACAUCGUUUCUACUCAGAGGACCACUGGCUUUAACAAAACCUACUACAUCCUGUUUGCCCAUGGACCCAACAGCAAAGGACAAAUCCAGUUCCAUACAGGUACCUUCAUCAGCUCUGAGGAAGUAGACAUCUCCAGACCUCGGAUUGUCAGAAAAGCAGGUUGGCCUCAUAUCAUCAAAGCACAUGGGGCACUGACGCUGAUAGCCUGGAUGACCAUCGGAUCACUUGGAAUGAUGGUAGCCAGAUAUCUGAAAGGGGUGACCAAAAGACAGACCCUGUGCGGCAAAGAUGUCUGGUUUCUGGUCCACGUUGCAGUGAUGAGUGUGACAAUAGCAGCCACAAUCAUCGCCUUCAUCCUCUCCUUCUCAUACGUGAAAGCCUGGUCUGGGGGAGCCCAUCCUGUGUUAGGCUGCCUGGUUAUGAUCCUUUCGUUCCUCCAGCCCAUACUGGCUCUGCUGCGCUGUGGACCACAACAUCCACGACGGUUUCUGUUUAACUGGUCCCAUGCUUUAAUUGGAGUAUCUAUAAAAGCUUUAGCUGUUGCAGCCAUAUUAACAGGCCUGAAGUUGAUUGACAGCAGUCUGGACCAAUGGCUGAUGAAGGUGAUGGGUGGUUUGGUUGGCUGGGAAGCUGUGUUCUACAUUCUGUUGGAAGUCCAUUUAAAAUGGAAGAUAACAGUUGAUGUCCUGCUGAUGGCUUUGUUCUUUCUGGGACAUUUUGCCUUUUUGGUGACACUGUUGGUUGGAAUCGGGAAGUCAUAA